AUGUUCAGCUCUCUUCCGCAGAGCCUCCGCUCCAGGCUAACAUCUGCCACAAUCACGUCGAGGAGGACUUUCAGAAAUUCAUCAACUCGAUACAGCCAGCCACCACAACAGCAUACUUCACAUGCUCAGUUUUACUCUGACCUCCUCCCGGGUAUGAUUCCCGUCGCUCUGCUGGGUAGCGCAGUAUACAUGGGCCUGCAACUUCUUCAGUCACGCCUGUCCCACGAAAAGUAUCUCGACGAGGCGCUCGUGCGCAUUGACGAGCUCGAAGCCGAGCUUGCCACCCUGCGCACAGCCCGUAGUACUCCAGGAAGCAUCGUCGCUGAUCCUUCUCCGGCGCCAACAUCGAACGGGUGGUUUGGGAGGUUUUGGUGAAGAAGACUCAUCAGGCAGGGUGGCGUGUCCGAUUCACUUGAGUUGCCGGAGAGAUUCUCAUGUCUCCAGAUGGGAUGGCUUGGCUCGACGAAAGGACACGGUUGUUUCUCCGGACGGUAGUACACGACUCAAGCAACGCAUGUUGAUGUUUGUUCGCCGGCAGCACUUCGUGAUGCUUUCUAUAGUGUAUUAGCCUCCCAAUGGGGACUUUCA